UAUAGGAAUCAAAACAAAAACAUUAAAAACGGUGAAUAACGCCGAACGCAUGGCGAAAACUGGUCAAAGUUAUUUAUUAUUCCAUUUCGAUAAAUUUACGUGAAAUGCUUAAAACCGUAAAAGUAUUGUUCGCGUUCCGAACCAAAUUCUCAUCUGCAGCGGUUUUAUCCGCAACAACAUCUCGGAAACCAAUUAUCACCUGUAAGCGCAUACAGCACAAUUUGUUCGACGAAAAUCUUCCACCGCGCACGGAUGGCACCGGUGGUAAAAAGUUUGGCGAUAUUCCUCUCACAUCUUCGGGUUGGCGGCACCGAAAAUCAGCUGGUGAUUAUUUCAUCAUUCAUCCUGUGCAGCAACCAUUUGAAACGCAUGCACUGAGCAACGUUACAUUUCAAAGCCAUGGAAUCCGGGAUGAGUUAGUCCAAAAUUUGCGCGAAAAGGGAGUACUUUACCCUACCAAGUACCAGGCCGAAGGAAUUCCGACGAUUUUAGACGGAGGACAUACUUUGCUUGCUGCAGAAACUGGCUGUGGAAAGACGUAUACCUACUUGGUUCCUAUAUUGGAACAAAUGCUGAGACGGAAACUUAAUUCUAACGAAAGAGAUUUCAAUACGCCCUUAAUGCUGAUAUUAACCCCUGGAAGGGAGUUGGCUCAGCAAAUUGGCCGAGUCGUGGAGGGAUGUACACAAGGUUUGGAUAUAAAAUCACGCGUGUUACUGGGCGGCAAAACCAGACAACAAAUGCUGAAUCCCCAUUUCGAGGAUAUCGACAUCCUGAUAUCGAGCUUUGGGGUGAUCAGUAAACUUGUGUCCAGUGGAAUAUACAGAACAGAUGCUGUCCGAUGGGUAGUUUUGGACGAAGCCGAUACGCUUCUGGAUGAUAGUUUUAACGCCAAACUUCUUCAUUUGAUGAAACGCUUUCCAUUUCAUAAGAAUCACCUUCAAGAUAUUGGAGACAAAAUUCAAGGGACCCAGCUCAUUUUGGCCGCUGCAACCAUGCCUUCUAACAUGGACGAAUUGCUCAGUCGAAUAGUAAACGUUGAAACAAUCGAAGAAGUUGUUAGCCCACAUUUGCAUCGGCUGCUUUCCCAUGUUCCACAGCGGUUCUUGCGGGUUAAUAAAUCGGACCGACCGAACAUUCUGCUGGAUUUGUUAAAAAAGGAAGCGAAACUGAAUCGGCCUGUAAUCAUAUUCAGCAACAAGACUCCCACUUGCGACUUCAUCUCGAUACAUCUGAACGAAGCCGGAGUACCUUGCGUAAAUCUGAACGGCGACAUGUUGCUCAAACUUCGCUUAGGGCAGUUUGAAAAAUUCCAACAGGGAGAAGUGAACAUCCUGUCGACAACCGACGUUGCCAGCCGAGGAUUGGAUACGACACGGGCUGGCCACGUAAUCAAUUUCGAUUUUCCCCUGUACGCCGCAGAUUACAUCCACCGCAUCGGUCGGAUAGGGCGUGUCGGAAGCCGAAACGACUGCCUGGUUACCAAUAUGGUUUCGAGCCAGGCGGAAAUUGGGGCAGUUCAGCGAGUGGAGCAUGCCGCUCGGACCAACAAUCCACUGGCUAAUGUGGAUGCUAAUGUGAAGGGCAUCAUCCGGCGGAGAAUUCAGCGAACCUUGGAGGAAAGUUCUUGAAGUAGUGCAGAUGCUAUAGGUAUUUCUUGCUAACUGUAUGAAACGUUCAGGCUGUGUAGUUAUUCCCGCUUAUUGAAUCCACCAUGUGCUACUGUUGCGGAGACGAAAAACAAGCUAGAUCCAAAUUGAAGUGGUAGAAUUAAAAAUGGAAAAAAUAAAAAUUCCUGCAAUAGUUACCCGA